CUAGAAAAUCCCAUCUUCCUCGUCAGUCCACCUCGAGCUUCUGUCUCUCUCUCUCCCUCUCUCUCUCCUCUCUUCGGUUCUUUCUCAAAAGUUGUCUUCCACUCUCUAGAUUCCUUUCUGGUUUCUUCAGAUUAGUGUUAGUGGGUUUGUGUUUUGGAUCACUGAAAGCUUUGGGAAGACACUCGAAUGGGUUUAUUGCUGUUUCUUCUUCUUGUAACAGUCUCUGCUGCUUCUGCUGCUGGUGAUGAAGAUGCUUUUAUUGGUGUGAACAUAGGUACAGACCUCUCUGACAUGCCAAACCCAACUCAGGUCGUGGCCCUCCUCAAGGCUCAGAAUAUCCGCCAUGUGAGACUUUAUGAUGCUGACCGAGCCAUGCUACUGGCGCUUGCAAAUUCUGGAAUUCGUGUAACUGUUUCUGUUCCCAAUGAACAACUUCUAGGCAUUGGCCAAUCCAACGCAACUGCUGCCAACUGGGUUUCCCGCAAUGUUCUGGCCCAUGUCCCCGCUACCAACAUCACAACCAUUGCUGUUGGAUCUGAAGUCCUUACAACCCUCCCAAAUGCAGCUCCCGUCCUAGUCUCUGCCAUGAAAUUUAUAAAAUCUGCUCUGGUUGCUUCCAAUCUUGGUUCAGAUAUCAAAGUUUCUACACCACUUUCUACAUCCAUUAUCCUUGAUCCCUUCCCACCUUCCCAAGCAUUUUUCAAUCGUUCUUGGGACCCAGUCAUGGUUCCUUUGCUUAAGUUUUUGCAGUCCACAGGGUCAUACCUUAUGCUUAAUGUAUACCCUUAUUAUGAUUACAUGCAAUCAAAUGGCGUGAUUCCAUUGGACUAUGCACUUUUCCGUCCUCUCCCUCCAAACAAGGAAGCUGUGGAUGCUAACACGCUCCUUCACUACACUAAUGUCUUUGAUGCAACAAUUGAUGCAACUUAUUUUGCAAUGUCCUAUCUCAACAUCACGAAUAUCCCUGUUGUAGUGACCGAGUCAGGCUGGCCUUCCAAAGGUGACUCCAUGGAGCCAGAUGCCACACUCAGCAAUGCUAACACUUACAAUAGCAACCUAAUUAGGCAUGUGCUGAACAAAACCGGGACUCCAAAACACCCGGGGAUUGCAGUGAGUACCUAUAUUUAUGAGCUUUACAAUGAAGACUUGAGACCUGGAUCUGUUUCGGAGAAGAAUUGGGGGCUUUUUGAUGCUAAUGGAGUUCCGGUAUACAUCCUACACUUGACUGGUUCGGGGACAGUGUUGGCAAAUGACACUACAAAUCAGACCUAUUGUGUGGCAAAGGAUGGAGCUGACCCAAAGAUGCUACAAGCAGCCUUAGAUUGGGCUUGUGGACCAGGAAAAGUGGAUUGCUCUCCCUUGGUGCAGGGGCAACCUUGUUAUGAACCUGAUAAUGUGGCUGCACAUGCCACUUACGCUUUUGAUGCAUAUUAUCACAAGAUGGGUAUGGCUGACGGGACCUGUAACUUCAAUGGGGUUGGUACUGUCACUACUACAGAUCCAAGUCAUGGUUCCUGUAGGUUUUCAGGAAGCACUGGGAGAAACGGCACCUUCAUAAACGGCACAUCACUGGCUCCAUCUUCAAACUCAACUGCAUCCGGCUGCUUGUCGCGACAUCCCUACUAUGGAGAUGUGUUGGUGAGAUGUAUGACGACUAUUAGCAUUCUGCUGUUGAGUGGUGCAGUGUUCUUGUAAAAUGAUAAUGGAUAGCGGAGUCUUCAUGAGUAAUCAUCCUGGCAGAGCAGCUUUUCAAUUUGGAAAUUUGGUUAAUUCUAUGAUGAUCUGGCUGACAAGAAUCUUGGGUGGCCGGACAUGUAAUGUUGUUCAUCGGACAGUAUGAUAUGCUCUCUCAUCGGCCCUUCUGUAAAACUGCUGCUUAAAUGCAAUUUUUGCCCCCAGCUCUUCUUCUUUUGUA